GUGAGCGUGCAGGCGGACGUGCAUGCACGCGAGCAACAGAUCCGAGCGCAUGCGCAAUUCAUUGUUUUGACUGAAAAUGCCGUCGGUUUCGAAAACGGCGGCCAAUGCGUCCCCUCAAACCGAGAAACCUACCCACUAUACCUACUUGAAGGAGUUCAGGACAGAGCAGUGCCCGUUGUUCCUCCAGCACAAGUGUACGCAGCACAGACCCUUUACGUGCUUUAAUUGGCAUUUUCUCAACCAGCGGCGGAGGCGACCCAUAAGGAGAAGAGACGGAACUUUUAACUACAGCCCCGACGUGUACUGCACGAAAUACGACGAGACCACAGGCAUCUGCCCGGAUGGAGAUGACUGUCCCUAUUUACACCGGACCACUGGUGACACAGAGCGCAAGUACCAUCUACGCUAUUACAAGACUGGCACUUGUAUCCAUGAGACGGAUGCUCGAGGGCAUUGUGUGAAGAAUGGCCUCCACUGUGCUUUUGCUCACGGGCCACAUGAUCUCCGACCUCCAGUCUAUGAUAUCAGAGAGAUCCAAGCACAAGAGGCUCUUCAAAAUGGACAGUUGGGUUCUGGGGAAGGUAUUCCUGAUCUUCAGCCUGGUGUAUUAGCCAGCCAAGCUAUGAUUGAGAAAACUCUGACAGAAGACCCCCGAUGGCAAGAUACCAACUUUGUUUUAGCCAACUAUAAAACAGAUCAAUGUACUAAGCCCCCAAGACUAUGCAGACAGGGCUACGCUUGCCCCCACUACCACAACAGUAGAGAUCGAAGAAGAAAUCCUAGAAAGUUCAAGUAUAGGUCAACUCCUUGUCCUAAUGUGAAACAUGGGGAUGAAUGGGGCGAGCCCUCAAAGUGUGACAGUGGAGACAGUUGCCAGUAUUGUCACUCUCGCACUGAACAGCAGUUUCACCCAGAGAUCUACAAAUCUACCAAAUGCAAUGAUAUGCGACAAACUGGAUACUGUCCCAGAGGGCCGUUUUGUGCAUUUGCACAUGUAGAAAGAAUUCCAUCUACAGAAGAGACCAUGAGCUCAUUGCUAACAGUGAUACAGUCAAGUUCACAGUCCCAUCUGGGUUCUCAGUAUUCAGAGUGUCCGGUCAGUGAGUGGAACAGUGGAGGCAACUCCACCAACGCAACCAGUAGCAACGGACAAGUAGGAAGUGUUUCAUGUUCUAAUAGCUCAACUGUAACUCCAAGCUCAGGAAGCGACAGUUUGUUAUCCCCAGUGGGAUCCAUCAGCAGGCCCAAAUCCUUAACUAAUAGUAGUUUAUGUUCAGAGUCCACCACAUCCAGUGUCUCAUCUCUGACGUCUAACUAUCCCAAAGCUCCGGGCUUUGAACGAGAGGAUCAGAUUAAGAACAAGGGACAAGUGGAUCAGAAAUUGAUGGACCAAGAAAAACAGACACACAAUACUGUAUUCUCUGCGGUGAACCCUUUGGCAUCAAGCUUUACCUCCAGUAUAACAUCCAGCUUGGCCUCCAGUAUUGGCUCAGAAAGUUCCUCCCCCACCACCUUAUCAACAAUGAAUGCAAAAGCCACUCCUUUCUACCCAGGGAGCAACACAGUGGAGUCUGUCAUAGGUAUGUUUCGUUUUCCCACAGGAUCCGCCCUGGACCUCAACUUCAGUGACAUUAAUGUUGCAUCUCUUGAUAAGGAGUUAGAGGAGCAAGACAACAGUGUAGGACUCGCAAGUCAAAGGGUGCUAGGUGGGUCAGCUCCAGUAAACAUUCCCGGCUCCCUAGCCCGAUCAUCCUCUUUUAAUUCCUCGUCAUCACUCUCCACCUCCCCGCUAAGCUCCCUCUCCCAGUCGCUAUCACAGUCCCUGCUGUCUGCAGCGGUAUCGCAGCAAAAUCAACCUUCAAACAUGUUAGCCAAGCAAGAGCAUGGCCUCCUGGGAACACCCACCUCCUCCUCCCAGAACUCUUUGGGCUUGAACGGAGGGGCUAGCAGCAUUUGGGACUUUGUAAGUGGCAGCUUUUCACCGAGUCCAUCUCCAGUUUUCAGCAGCCUAACCUCCACAACCAGCAGCGCUGAUCUGGCACGCCUUUUUAGAGAGCUGGAUGAGGCCAAGAAGAAGAUCAAACAAUGGGAGGAGGCCUGGCAUCAAGUCAAACAAGCCUGUGAAGCUUGCCAGAAAGACGCUCAUGAAGCAAAGGAACAAGCAAAAACAGCUGAGGCGGAGCGGCAGCUGGCAGAACAGAAAUGGGAGGAAACAGAACGCAAGCUGAAAGAGCUCCAAGGGGACUUUGAUGUGCUUUGUCGCACCCCUGGAACACCUCUUCUACGUAGCUAUGGAGAGCUGGAGCAGCUCCCGUUGUCAAAGCUUCACUCCAUCCAGAGUCAGCUGCGUAAUGACCUAGACCUUGUAGAUGGGGUAAUAUAUCAGCUUCAGUCAAAGAAAUGUAUAGUUUGCCAAAAGCAUGAUCGUUGCAUUGUUCUGCAGCCUUGCCAACAUUAUGUACUAUGUGAGAACUGUGCACCUAGUAAAACAGAAUGUCCCUACUGUAGAACAAAAAUAUUGAAGUGGUGAUGUAGAAUUACUCAAGGUACUAUUUAAAGAUUUAGCCCUUUUGAAAAACUACUAAUAGAUAUUACAUUUUCUAAUUGAUAGUAAUGUCUGUUUCAUACAGUGAUUGAAUUACGGUAAUUUAGAAUAAAAUGAUGCUUGACUGACAACAUCUUGUAUUAGAAAUCAGAUUAUAUACAGGGGACUCAAGUCAUUAUAGAUUUUGCUCAUUUUAUGUGCUCAUUACCUUGGAAAAACCAGAUGGCACUCAAAUGCUAAAUAUGCAUUGCGAAUCUAAUAUAAUGCUCUUACAAUAACUACAAAACUACAGAUUAAAUACAAGCAAAAAAGACCAAUAAGGCUUCAGGCUAAAGUCUGUACACACAAAGACAGUAAUGUGUGUACGUUUUAUAUUUCUGCCCCUGUGUUUUGCUGUUUAUUGAUUAAAAAAUACUCUAAAAUUAGUAUGGAUAAAUCUCUGAUCUCCUGGGGAUGCUUCUUCUUUCUUUAAUGCACUUAAAAGUCAACCCAGAGCAAAUGUCAUUGCAUUUCAACCCUAACUUUUCAGAAGUUACAGUGGAAAUAUGUGUAAAGCCGAUAAAAGGUUACAGUAAAUUUGAUCACAGGUACUUGUAUUUGGAGAAAGAAGUCCCUCAGUGUAACUUUAAUGUUAUACCUUAACCAGUCAAGUAAGUUUAAAUAAUACACAGAAAAAAAAUCAAGUUAUUUUUCAGUCAUUCUUAGGGAGGAUUAAGUCUGAUAAACAACGUAUCCAUUGUAAUAAAAUCAUGUGGUGAUAACCUGUAGCACAAUGUCCUCCAUAGGGGGAAUUUGGCCGUUAAACAUUCCACAUUUGGAUGGACAAACCGAACACACAAUGAUUCAGAAAUACAGACCAUGCCAUUGCUGAUAUUUGACACAAUAGUGUGUGCCAUAAAUAUUUCCAGGUUGGGAUCUCAAAUGCAAGGAAAUCACUGUGUAAAUGUUGAAAGUGGGCUGCUGAUGUGGAACAUAAAAUGGGCAAAACUCAAAGCAGAUAUUUUUUUUAGAGAGGAACAGAUAAAGAAACCAGACUUACAAGAGCCUGAAUGUGGCUGACACUUCAAAAAUCAUUCAACAUACUUAAAAAUGUGUUUACACAGCUGAUGAGUGAAAUAGGUAGCUGAUCAACAGCUAGAAGCUCCAUUCUUCAAAUUUGUAAGAUGUUUCACAUCCAAAGAGGUACAAGUGCAGAACUACACCUGUAUCUAUAAAUCAGACUAAAGAAGGAAAUGGCACAUUUUCAUUCAGAUUUUGCAUUGUUCCUCUUUAAGUAAAGCCACAUCUUCUUAAACCCCAAAUUUGGAUUUGCGAUUCUUUUCAUGCAACCAGUCAAGCAUCAUGAUUUUGACCAACUUUCUGAAGAAGUUUGAUUUCUUACUAAAGCACUUUGUUGACCUGGGACUUUAUUAAAGGGUAUAUAGAAAUUUUGCUUUAAGCUGCUUUGUAGGUAUUCUUUUGUGUCUUUUUUUUAGAUUUCUUUUUUUAUAUAUAUAUAUAUAUAUAUAAAUAUAUAUAAGCUAAUGUCUGAAGCUUUUGUGUGUACUGUGAAACACCAUUUGAAUAUUUCAUGUUUCCUAUUGUUAAGUCAUGGCAUGGUUCUACAUAUUAAGAUUUCAUAGAAAAGUACUUAAUAGUUUCUACUUUCAUAGUUAGAUUUAUAAAAUUUCAAUCAAAUAAGUGCAAAUUUAAAAUGCAUUUUAGGCAUAACCAGCAGCUGUAAUAUUGGUAAGGCACAUGCUACAUGUUAAGGCUGUUAUUCAAUCAGUUAGUUUGUUUUGUAGAGAUUUAUAUAGCCUAGCCAUUAGAAAAGCAUGUAUUGUAUUUGCUAAAAGCCUGAAAUGGUGAUUUUUGUAGGAAUCUAGCCUCUUGACCUUGUCUAGAACAUAUCGGCCUCUAACUCUAAAGUGCCUUGCCUUAGUGGAAAAAGGUUAUGUGUAGAAUUGUCAGAGCAAACACAAGUAGUUGAAGCUUGUGCACAGGUUUUUGCAUAAUGGCGCUCGUUUAACUUUGCAGAAGCAUCGACGUGUUUAUGACUAUAUCUGUAAAUAUAAAUAUAUGCCAGUGUGUUUGGCCCAAUCCCAUUAAGUAUUUCUGCGGAAGAUAAAUGAAAACAAACAUUGUCAGUGCCUGUGUCCUGACUUCAACCUUAGAAGUGAAUCUCCACUCUCCCCUCCAAAUACCCACCCACUCAUUCCUUGGUUGUGGUGCUCUUUUGGUGCAGCUUCACUCUUGAGUCUAGGUUUUUCAAUUUAACGUUUGGGAGUAUGCAAACAGAGGACACAUGGAUUUGUAUAGCAACAUAUAAAAAUGCUUUUUAAACAGUUCAGUAAAUUUAACUUGUUUUAUUGUAAUAACUGCAGUGAUUAAAGAAUUCCGUAGUUAACUUCUAAGUUGGUAUUUGCAUAGAAUAUUGUGCUUAGGUUUCUCUAAUUGAAAUGACCUUCUACUGUGUUAAGAAAUCUUUUUAUUCUUGCUUUAAAUUCAAUAGAAAAUCAUGUAUCUCCAGGUUCACCUUUUGCUACUUAUAAAUAUGGGAAGAUGCAUUGUUUACAUUCACAUAAAUGACAAUUAAGCAACUCAGAGGAAAAAUAUCAAGAAAGGUUAUGCUAUUUUAGCAUUUUCAUGAUUAUAUCACAGCAUAAAAGGCAGCCUAAAUACUUCUGGUAUUGCAUGUUAUGCGAUAUAUUAACCAGCUACAAAAAAAGAAAAAAAAAAAGUUCGCACUGUGUCACACUGCCAGAAUAUUUGUAUUGACUUAUUUUUAGUGUAGUAAAGGCUUAAUAACUUCUGCAAGCUUCGCUGCUGCUGGAAAAGGUAUUAAUGUAGUUUCUUGUUAUACAUUUAGAUGUUUGAAUGUUGUUGUGCAUCCACAGCUCAGAUUUCAGAAACUUUGAAAUAAUCUGCAUCUAACUUGACUAAAUCUUCAUUUGGUUGAAUUAUUCAUUUGUAAAUGCAUUUCAGUCAGUUUCAGUACUUUUGUAUUAUCACUUAGAAUGAUGUCACAGACCUGUACUUCUGUAGAUUGUCCCUUUAUUUUAUUUUUUUUAAUUGACUGAAGGUUGAUGUACUUUUGGAUUUCUUUUUCCCGCAUACACUGUAAAACGGUGUAAGAUGCAGCUAAUUUCACAGGGUCCUCUAGUCUAUUUUGAUUUGCCUGUGAAACCAUCUAAAUUAAUGAUGUCUGGUGUGAUAAUCUAAAAAUGAACCAAAGUGGUGUUCUGGUAGCUGUCCAAAUAUGUGUUCAAAAAGGGAAAAAUUUAACCUCGAACAGAAUUCAAAUAAUUGCUCUUGGACAGAUCAGCCUGUAGUUGUGAACCGGGCCGGAUCUAAGUGUCAGAUCAGAGCAGCGAGGCCAUACAGUUGAGUCCAGCAUUGUGAGCAGCAGGAAUUCUGUUUUCGGGUGGAUUUUUGCUUUGAUAUUUCAUUCAGUAGGACAUAACAGUAUAUCCUCUUUAGGGAGUAAACAGGACUAUGCUAAUGGAUUUUGCUUACAACAUUACUGGACUUGAGCCCGUUUUUUGCAGUUUUACCAAAGACCUGUACUAUUGUUAUUUUCUUUUGUACUACAUUUCAUCAUUCGUGUUAUUUCAGUUAAUAAAACCUAAAUUAAGUUUUAAAGAAGUAAUCACCUAGUACCUUAAAUAGAUAAUGUUCAUUAACCGUAAUUAAUGGCAUCUUUUUCUAUCUAAAGUUAGCUAUAGUGAGUUGAUACACAAAUGAUCAAACAUGCAUGGGUCAGAUCCUUACAAAAUGUGUAUUUGUAUAUUUGAUUUUGUGCUAAGUAUACAUUGACGUUUAUGGCAGGUUUGUGCAAUACUGGCUAGCACAUGCUGACCUUAAGCGAGGAUUCAGUGUCAGUCAAUUGUUGUCUACAGUGAAGGAAUGUCAAAGGUGUUUGACAUUUGUGCUUCUGAAGUGGCCAUAUAAACUUCACCACAACUACUGUUCUGAAGUUUUUAGUUUUUAUUUUGUUUUACUACAUAAUCUCAAUCACUUUGGAAAUUGGUGGUUAUGCAUUAUAUGCUGUCAUGAUCGGCCUGCAGUGACUGUAAGGUGCUUUUAUUUGUUUUCUAUUUCUUAAAGCGGUGGUCCAAAUUAUUAUUUUUUUUAAUUAUUAUUUUAAUUUUUUUGUAAAAUUACAGGGGACAGAUGAUGAUUGUGACAAACAUUAAUGGCAGAUACAGACAUAAUUUAAACUAAGUUGUUAUUAUAACUUCUUGUUGGCUGUUGGUUUCUCUCGUGGUCUACUUGCCCCAAUUCAGUUUUUCUAAAAUUAAAUGAAACAAACAUUCUCUUGGUAAGCACAGCUUGCAUUGCAUUACAUUUGUUUAAGAUCUGUUGAAUUAAUCUCUAACGGACCAAUUACACUUUCAAGAACAUCUGUGCCUUUAAUAAUUACAUAAUAUUGAUUGGUAUUGAGAAAAUGUCUCUGAGACUUGAUUCUCAGAGGACAAAAUAUAACAUGUUUAAUUAGAAUCAAAAUUCCAGUGCCUUACAAUAUUUUUGUGGACCACAAUGUGAUUGCUAAAUGAACCUGUGCAUUCAGGCCACUUGAGCUGAAAAGAAAAAAAGGCUAAUCUAAUGAUAUUUUUGCUUCAUUAGUUUCACAGCAGGAAGCACCUGUUCUGAUUGACUGACUGAUAAUUGUCUAAGUCUGUAUUUGCCAUACCAUUAAAACAAAAAUUAAAAAAACAAAACAGCAAUACUUAACCAUUCAAUACACAAUUUUGAUUUCAAUUUGUUAUUUGGCACCAAAAACUCAAUUGUUUUAAAGGAAAAGCACCAAAUAGGAAGAAUCUUGUAAAUGAACUGUAAUAGAUGUAUCAUUAUGCUCUGCAUUGGAAUAGUUUAAUCUAUUUUGCAUUAUUGUUAGUUGUUGUGUUGUCUUUUUGUUUUUAAUAUUAUGAAAAUGGAGCCUGAAGAUUUAUGCAAUCUUGUACAUGUAUAUGAGUGUGAUGUAUGGAGCUGUUCAAAUUAAGUAAAAUACUAGUACAACAGGUGUUGUCAAAAGUAAAUAAUCUGAAUGUGGAACAAGCUGUUCCAUAUACUUUAGAGAAUUUCAGUAGAAAUGUUAUUUUAACAUUGAAGCCCUGAAAUAUUGAAUGUAUUGUUCUAAAUUAAAUAUUCAAUGAAUAGGUCACUGGAUAUUAUGGAGCGCAGUUAAUUAAUUAUGAUGUAGCAUCUAGUUGUGAACUGCUAUUCAAUAAAAUUUAUUAGAACUAAAACAAA